GGUGGACCCAGAGGAUCGUGACGUGUUGAUUGGCCACUGAUCUGGGAUACUGAAAACUAUUUAGUGUACACUGUGAUUGGGUCGCUAAACGCUUGUUAUAUACGUUCCAGAGUUACAUUUAGUGUGUUAAGAAAAGACUUCAUUUGGUUGACUUGUUUGUAGUCGAGCAGUUUGCUGCGGAUUUGUUUGGUCAUCAGGGUUGUGUGUGGUUGUUUCUACUUUUGACUGAGUGAGCAGAAGUGAUCUGAAGUCGGGAUGAAGCUGUACAGUCUGAGCAUCCACCACAAAGGAGCGACCAAAGCAAACCUCCUCAAAGCGGCCUACGACCUCUCCUCCUUCAGCUUCUUUCAGAGAUCCAGUGUUCAAGAGUUUAUGACCUUCACCAGUGCCUUGAUUGUUGAGCGAACGUCACAAGGAAGCCGUGCCUCUGUCAAAGAACAAGAGUACUUGUGCCAUGUGUAUGUAAGAAAUGACAACCUGAGUGCAGUGGUUGUUGCAGAUACUGAAUACCCACAGAGAGUCUGUUUUACAUUGUUAGACAAGGUAUUAGAGGAGUUCUCCAGGCAAGUGGACAGUAUAGAAUGGCCCUCUGGUAGUCCUGAAACCAUAAACUACAAAGCCCUGGAUAUUCACCUUUCUAAAUACCAGAACCCCAGAGAAGCAGAUGCAAUGACCAAAGUUCAGGCAGAGCUCGACGAGACUAAGAUCAUUUUGCACAACACUAUGGAAAGUCUGUUAGAGCGUGGAGAGAAACUGGAUGAUCUUGUGGCAAAAUCCGAGCACCUUGGAAACCAGUCCAAAGCUUUCUACAAGACCGCACGGAAACAGAACUCAUGCUGUGAAAUCAUGUGAUGCCGCUGCCUCGUCCUCGUGGACACACCUCUCUCUGCCUUUCCGCUUUUCCUACAACUCCCAUCAUGCCCCAGCCACCAGCUCUCAGUGCAAGGGACAGAAUGGACUUUGUCUCAUCCAGGAUGGGGCUUCAGGAUAGGAGCAAGAAAGGGUGGAAAGCAGUGAUGGCAAGACGAAGUGCGACCUAUCUGGACUGUGACUGAUGGGGGGGGCUGAAGCAUUGAUGGGGUUUAGUCCGGGGGAAGACGUAACCUUUGAAUUAUUUUUAACCUUUUUAAAAGGGGUUAACAUCUGUGCAGUGUUUUAAUACCAGCUGAGGACAAAACAGUGUGGCGUUGUGCAUUGGUGAUGUGUUGUUGAAACGUCUUCAAACCAUUUAAUUUUCGGAUUCAAUCAAAUCAUAAUAGUUUGCUUUCAACUCCUAACACUUGAAAGAGUAUUAACCAUGGUUGUGCUUUUGCUUCAAGGCAACUCUGACAAUCUCGUAGUCUUAUCUUGUGAAUUGAUAAAAUGCCUGUUUCAGUUUCAUUCUUAAGAAACCCCACUACAUGGCCCUGUUUAUUUACUUUAUUGUUCCAAUGAGCCUCAAUUUUGGGGUCAAGUUUAAAAUCUCUCAGUGUGAGCCAAGGCAGCACAUGGCUGCUCUGAAGUUUGAUUUAAAAUGUUCCAAUGUUCUUUUCGAGACUGGAUUAGGUUACAUGGUUUCUUUGCUUUUUCUCUGUCUUAUAGUGUUAAAAGAAAUCUUAAACAUUCCCGCUUUGGGUGAGUGUGUUAUUGAGUGAUGAUGCCUCUUUAAGCUGAGUGAGAGGAUCGAUGAUUCUUCAUAUAUGCAGCCUUAUUGCAAUGUCGCUAACAUGUCACCCCUCACAGUCCUGUUUUAACAUUAUCUGGUGUCAUGAGAAGUUCUGGCCUUCAAAGCUGUUCUUUUACUCUGUGUACUGUAGCUCUGCUUUCCACUCUGAUAGCCACCUCACACGAUGAUUCAUACGAAGGGUUUUAAAGGACAAAGACCCACCUAGAGCUCUGGAGUCUAGUCCAGGGUUCAGAUGUACCUAAACCUGAGAACCUGGAUAUAUCUAACCAGCUUUUAGAGAGUCGGUGAUUCUGGAAAACCUCAGGUGCUGCUAGUUUCUCCUUAAAUGGUUUUGAAAAGAGAGCACACACAUUCUGAGUGAUGUUAUAAAUUAAUUGAAUUCACAUACUUGGCUUAUGUAAGACACUCCACAACAGCUGACUCGUUUUACUGUCAGCACUGUUUCUUUGUAUUCCGGGGUGGAGAGAAUGAUCUUUCUUCAGGAGCUGAGGAUCGGUGGACGAUAAAGAGAUGCCUUCAGUUGUGUACAUUAGAUGUUUCUCUGCUCGCUUUCUGCUGUGUGUGUAUGUGUGUGCGUAUGAUUUGCUGAUAUACAACAUCUGCAGGCUGCGUUGAUGUUGAGUGCCUGUGUGUGAGGAUUACUGUGUGUUUGUUGUGCGUUACCUGAACUGCUCUUUCUGCUUUUACAGUGUAAAAUUGUGUGCAAUAUCUCUGCAGACUGUUGGUGUGUGUCCCUCUCUCUUUAAAAAUCGGGAGAAUCAAUGGAAAUAUAUUGACCGUUGUAUAUUCAAUUCUCAUAAAUAAUUCCCAUUUGAAGUGUGUCAAAGGUUGUAUUUGACAUUUGUUAAAUUUCUUCUCCAAAUUUACACUUCAUGUACUGGAUUUUAGAAUUGGUCAAAUCUAUGAGGUUAAGCUGUAGCUAUUUGCAGGUCAGGUCAUACUGACCAGUGUGUCUUAAACAGUCUGCAUUAAUUGUUUGGAUUGAGAUGUUGUCUGCAAACUUAAAACAACAAUAUCAGAUAAUAAACUGUUCUUUUCUGUCCGUAUUAACA